AAUAACAACAGCCGCCAGUUUCUGCUCCUGUGUGGCCACGACUACAAUGAAGAUCAGGGAUCGGUAGACCUGUCUAAUACGAUCACCGUGAGCAUGGACGACUGUAUUAACCUAUGUGCAACCCAGAGUGAAUGCGUUGGCGCGGGUUGGGGCAUUUCCAAUGUUGGCCAGACCACAUGUUGGCUCAAAAGCAGCCUUGCGACCUCUAAUAACUCGCCCUUGUGGUACUUCGCCAUCGACGACACUGGCGAUUCUGUUCCGACGCGCGGGAGCUGA